AUGUACAGCGAACAUUAUGUAGGAGGCUUUGGAAUUGCAACUCCUUAUAAAUGUAUUCUCCCUUUUUGUGUGGAAACCAGAGCAACAGCACGGAUAGAGCCUGCAAAGCGAGGAGCUGGCGAAGGAAGGAGGCUGGCUCUGCUCAGGCCCGCCUCCGAGAAGUUCACUACCGUGCGACACAGUCCCCUCAAGCACGGCAGAGCCCUGGCUAUGGGGUUCGUUCGCCUCUCGAUGCCGGCGUCGCCGCUGCUUCACUCGCGCCUGGCUUGGCUCUGCGCCUCCGCGGCUGUUGUGGCCUUGGGGGCCGCCGCAGCCUGGCGCUGGCGGCGUCGAAGCCGGCGGCAGCUGGUGCAGGUGGGGGUCGUGUCCGGUAUCGUCAUCUACCCAGUGAAGUCCUGCCGGGGCUUGCCCGUGGACCGCGCCGAAGUGACCGGGCUGGGCCUCCGUAGCGGAGACAUGCGCGACAGGUUUUGGCUUGUAAUUAAGGAAGAUGGACACAUGGUCACAGCUCGUCAGGAACCUCGCCUGGUUCUGGUUUCUGUAAAUUCUGAAAAUGGCCACUUAAUCCUGAAAGCUCCAGAAAUGAAGGAACUGGCCAUCCCUGUCAAAGUCCCUGGGAAUAAUCCGGUGAAGGAUUGCAGGGUGUUUGGGCUUGAUAUUCAAGGGCGGGACUGUGGUGAUGAGGUAGCUCACUGGCUCACAACUUUCUUGAAUUCACAACCAUAUCGACUGGUGCAUUUUGAGACCCACAUGGCACCAAGAAAAUGUAACCUGAUUGAGAAACCUUUUCGACCUACUGAUAAGAUUCCUUAUAGUGACUGUGGGCCACUCUUAGUCAUCUCAGAAGCUUCAAUGCAAGAUCUAAAUACUAGAAUGGAGAAGAAAAUCGAUAUGCGGCAUUUCAGACCGAGCAUUACAGUUUCAGGCUGUGGUGCUUAUGAAGAGGACACCUGGGGCAAGAUUAUAAUUGGGGACGUGGAAAUGAAAGAAGUGAUGGCAUGUGGCAGGUGUAUUUUAACAACUGUUGACCCAGAUACUGGCAUCAUAGAUAGAAAGGAGCCCCUGGAAACCCUAAAAAGGUAUCGUAUGUGUGAUCCAGCUCUGAAACAUAUCUACAAAUCUGCUCCAUUGUUUGGAAGUUUUUUUGGAGUUGAUAAACCCGGAACCAUCAAUGUUGGGGACCCAGUGUAUAAGAUUAUAGAAUGUUAGGGCACGGGGAGCUUCUAGGAGGGCAGGAUUGUUUCUCUUGAAAUAAUGCUUCUUUGUUCAAUAGCUGCAAUAUUAAAUCACCAUAGGCUCAAUCCAGCCAGAUUUCAGUAUUUUAAAGUCUCACUGAUUUUACUGAUGGAAAAUUUAAGCACUUGCAUAUCUCUUCCAUUUAAAAUCAUUUGGCUCGUUUGUGCACAGGUUCUAAUUUUACAUUGCUUAGACAAAAAGUAAUAAUUGUAUCCUUUACAAAUUUAUCUGCUGUUCCCAGAUAAUUUUUAGUACUAAAAUGUAAAGCUGAUUUUUCAAGAUGCUGGAAAUGCUUUGGAAAAGUAACAGAGAGUCCUGUGGUACCUUAAAGACUAACACAUUUAUUGUUGCAUAAGCUGUUGUGGGCCAGAGACCACUUUGUUAGUUGCAUGGUUUUAUCCUCAGUUUACAAAUAUGUGCUUUUUAUUGUUUGAUUUUAAACUCCUUUUAUUGUUGUAAGCCAGUUUGGAGCCUCUGUUUUAGAAAGGUGGUAUAUAUUUAAAAUCUGUAAAUGACUCACUCAAUCAAUAUGAAUGGAUCACAUCUGCACAGGACAAAAUGACGAACUGCACUAAGUAUGUUCAGAUCUAAUGUUUUAGACAUACUACAGCCAAUAUGCUUCCCACAGAGCUUUGGUUGAUGGGCGGUACUGAAAUAUAAUAAAUAAAUAAUUUCUUGCUACACGGAAGACCCUGUGCCUUGGCGGACAAGUUGGAUUAUAUAGUUUUCUAUGAUAACUGGUAAACUGAUGAAUUAAGUAUGUCUGGUAAGACGGUCUGUUUAGAGCAGCGGUUCUCAAC